AUGCCGUCCGUCGACGUCCUCCAGAUGGACGAGGCGCCGCUCCAGGAGCCUCCGGCGCGGCAGGCCCGUGCAGCGGCGGAGCUGCCGUCGGCGGCAGUGGCCGCGACGAGGACGCCGUACCCGCAGGCCCUGCGGGCGCAGGUGGAGUCCGCCAGGGCGGCGGGCGGGCCGGGCGACCCGCCCGCGGACCGCCGCGCGGGACCGCUCGCGACCCCGGCCUCUCCGGUGUCGCGCGCUGCGUCGCCCUUCGAGCUGAAGGUGAGGCAGCCCGGGGCCAGGCAGCUGGAGGUGCGCGGCUCCAUGGGGUCCGCGCGCUUCUCCACGGGGUCCGCGCGCUCGGCGGAGGUGAGGAGGAGCACGGCGGCGCUCAGCUCCGAGGCCGGAGGUUCGUGCUGCGCCUCCACCCGCCGGGGGGCUGUGGUGUCCAAGGGCCCCUGGAGGCAGUGGACGUGGACGUGUUUUGGCCCUCGGCGCGCCAGAAGAUGCCCACGUCCACCAUCCUGCGGUCCUGGGGCAUCGGAUCCCCAGGCGGUGGACAUGCACAAAGUCCGGCCUCGGGCCAUCAUGGGGCUGAAGUGCACGAGUCUUUAUAUCAGCAGGGACACGACCAGAGAGCCAGUUGCCCUUCAGCACGAUGACGAGGUCAUGGGGCUCGCGUUCAACCCGGUUGGGACCCAGCUGCUGGCGGGGGGCGAGGACUGCGCCGUGGUGCUCUGGGACGUAUCGGGCGGGACCGAGGUCUUCAAGGCGAAGACCGAAACUACGGUCAAAGCUGUGGCCUAUUCGCCAAGUGGCUGUUAUGUCGCCGCCGUCGACGCCAACUCGGUCGUCACCGUUUGGAGGGCAAGCGACGGCGAGGAGGUGGGGAGAGCCAACGUGGAGGGUGACGUGCUCUCGCUGGCCAUGUCCGCCAGCCGCAGGGAGGUACUGGCAGUCGGGACCACCGAGAAGACGGUCACGCUGUUCUCGGUCCCUAGCAUGGAGAGCAUCACCGAGCUGGCGCACGACGGCCAGGCAAGAAGCCUCACCUUUUCGCCAGACGGUGCUAUGCUCGCCGGCGGGGGCGGAAUCGACGACAUGCACGGCCUGAUGACCAAGAAGAACAAGGACAAGAAGAUGAAGACUGUGAUCUGGCAAUUUGCCGCAGACGGCAACAUCGCUAAUCAGGUGGCCGACUUAGAUUUCGACGACAUCGUCCACGCGACGGUGUUCUCCCCUAGCGGGCACUUGCUGGCCAUUGGUGGCGAGAACUGCGAGGUGACCGUGCUGCUCGUGGACCGCGGCUUCGAGCGUGCCACGAACCUCCACUGCGCCGCCGGCGUGAGGUGCCUGGCGUGGUCGCCCGACAACCGCUUCCUGGCUUCGGGCGGCGAGGACAUGCAGAUAUCCAUCUGGGACGUCAUAGACGAGGUGCUGGCCGUGCAGCUGCCCAAGGCCAGGGAUUGGUACUGCAGCCUCGCCUUCUCCACCGACGGGCUCUGGCUGGCCAGCUGCGGCUUCGGCUCCCGCGAGGUGCUGCUGCACCCGGUGACGACGAGCGAGGAGCGCCCCGUCUCCCGGGCAUCAUCGAGGGCGCCGUCGGAGGCGGACGAGGCCGAGGCCCCCAGCCUCGACGGAGACCAUGACGAGGACGCGCUCCAGGACGCCGGCCAGGCGCCGAGGAGGCUCAGCACGGGUUCGGCGGCCCCGCAGACCCUGGCGGUCACCAUGUCGGUGCCAGCCUUCGUCGAAAUGGGCGACCAGGUCCAGGGAUUCAUGCUGAAGGUGGAGCAGGUGGGGUCCAUCGACGAGCGGCUGCCCCAGGGGCGCGACGCAAGGUCGGCUAAGGCGCUGCUGCUCGGGGUGCCGCUGGGAGAGACGAGGCCAGCGCUCUCCACGUCGAGGCAGGCCGUGGAGCUGAAGCACACGGACGAGGUCAUGGGGCUAGCGUUCAGCCCAGACGGCCGUUUCGUGGCCACUGGGGGCGAGGACGCCAGCCUGGUCAUUUGGGACGCCGCAGACGGCUCGAAGGCCGCCGGAGCGAGGCUCGGAGAUCCCAUCUGUGCGAUGGCAUACUCCCCGAGUGGUCUCCACGUGGCGGUGGCGACCACGGGGUUGAGCGUGGUCCUCUGGGGCACGGCCGAAAAGGGCGAGGUGGGCAGCAAGGAGUUCGACGCCCCUGUGCUGGCCGUGGCGAUUGGCAAGAGCGAGCUCCUGGCCGCCGGCACCGCGGACAAGGGGGUGUCGCUGCUGUCCCUGCCGGACAUGCAGGAGAUUGCGCGCCUCGAGCACGAUGGUCACGUGCGUUGCCUUUCCUUCUCGCCCUGCGGCGGCAUGCUCACCGGCGGGGGAGGCAUCGACGACAUGCACGGCCUCAUGACGAACAAGACGCAGCGAAACGAUAUGAAGACGGUGGUCUGGCGCGUGGCCGCUGCUGCACAGGACUGCAAGUACAUGGGGUCGAUCUCUUUUCCCGACAUCGUACAUGCGGCGGCCUUCUCUCCCACGGGUACCUUGCUCGCUGUAGGCGGCGAGGACCGCGUGAUAAGCAUGCUGUUGGUCGACCGAGACUUCGAAAGCGUAUCCCAGUUCGUGUGUGUUGCCGGUGUGCGCUGCUUGGGCUGGUCUCCAGACACGCGUUUCUUGGCGAGCGGUGGCGAGGACAUGCAGGUUACGAUAUGGGACGUACUCUCCGAGCAGAUGGUAUUUCAAACGCCUAAGGCGACGGAUUGGCUGUGCUGUGUGAGCUUCAGCCCCGACGGCCGCUGGUUGGCCUCUUGCGGCUUCGGGCACAACGAGGCAACGCUGCACCCGGUCGAGGACGAGAAACACGAGUGA